UCGGAUUAUCUGCAACAUCGCAAGAAUAGCAAUAAUUAAAAAAAAACCCGAACACGCCCUCACAUUGUUAUCAAAGCAAACGCAGCCUGGUUCAAAAAUCCCUCCCGCUGCCACACCGGGGCGACCGUCUUUGAGGCGGGCCAACACCAGAGGCCUUAGGAGAGACGUUCAAAGAGGAGGGGAAGAAAGGGGUAACGUUGGCUCCGCCGCGGCUCCUCCUCACAGCUCCGCCGCGUGAGAGGUCGCUGCCAGAACCCGGAACAAGCGAGCCGGUGGCGUCGUCCGUGUGUAGCGAAGCGAGUUUCCCCCCUCAGACUCGAGUCUGGGAACCCGAGCGGGCAGCUCAGCGCCGCCAUGCUGGCCGGCUGGAGGCGUGUGGCGCGGCCUGCAGUGCGCGCCCUCAGGCGAGCGGGGUCGGGCCGGGCCGGCGGUUGUAGUAACAGCAGCUCCUCUUCCAAAAGAUGGGUCAGCACCAGCUGGUCCCCGGUGGGCGCUGCCUUUAAUGCCCAGCAGCAGCACAACCGACGGGAGGUGGGGAAGAAAACGGGUCUGUUUGGUGUACCAGAGUUGAGUUGCCCAGAAGGAUUUCAAGAAGCUCAAGAAAAAUCACUGCAAGAAGCAGAACGACUAGUACAAAAAGCAUGUACUACACCUCCUGGGAAGGAGACAGUCAUGAUAUUUGAUCAGCUCUCAGAUGCCUUGUGUAGAGUAGCAGAUCUAGCUGACUUUGUGAAGAUUGCCCAUCCAGAUUCUGCUUUCAGAGAGGCUGCUGAGGAAGCCUGCAGAAGCAUUGGUACUAUGGUAGAAAAAUUAAAUACAGAUGUAGAUUUGUGUCAAAGUCUAAGAAAGUUGCUGGCUGAUAAAGAUGCUAUGGCUUCCCUUGAUCCAGAAACAAGGCGAGUGGCAGAACUUUUCAUGUUUGAUUUUGAAAUCAGUGGUAUUCAUUUGGAUGAAGAAAAGCGUAGAAGAGCAGUACAACUCAAUGUCAAAAUACUGGAUUUGUGUAAUGAGUUUCUCAUGGUAUCUCAUCUUCCUAACAAGAUUGACAAGGACAUUUUACCAGAACAUAUUCGCCAUAAUUUUGUGGUAGAAGGCAAUUAUGCCGAAAUCAGUGGUCUCAAUGCAGAUAGUCCUGACAAUCUGGUACGUGAAGUUGCUUACAAAGUUUUUCUGCACCCAAAUGCUCAACAAAUGCACUGUUUAGAAGAAUUGAUUACCAGUAGAAACCUUCUGGCUCAAUUAGUGGGAUAUGAUACAUUUGCUCAUCGGGCUCUUCAGGGGACAAUGGCCAAAACUCCAGAGAAAGUAAUGCAAUUUCUUGUAAAGCUUUCAGAUAAGUUAUUCAAUCGAACUCUAAAGGAUUUUGAAAUGAUGGAAGGCAUGAAGAUGAAACUAAAUCCUAUAAAAUCAAAAUUGAUGCCUUGGGAUCAUCCAUACCACAGUGGCGUCCUACGUGCGGAAAGGUAUAAUAUUGAACCCAGCCUAUAUUGUCCUUUUUUCUCGCUUGGGGCAUGUAUGGAAGGUCUGAACACUUUGUUCAAUAAACUCUUAGGAAUCUCUCUUUAUGCUGAACAGCCUGAGAAGGGAGAGGUGUGGUAUGAGGAUGUUCGCAAAUUGGCAGUUGUCCAUGAACAAGAAGGAUUAUUGGGAUACAUCUAUUGUGAUUUCUUUCAAAGACCAGACAAGCCUCAUCAGGAUUGCCACUUUACGAUACGUGGAGGCAGGCUAAGGGAAGAUGGAGAAUACCAGCUUCCUGUUGUUGUCCUUAUGCUAAGUUUGCCCCAUUCCACUAGUAGUUCACCAACAUUGCUGACUCCUGGGAUGAUGGAGAAUCUCUUCCAUGAAAUGGGUCAUGCCAUGCAUUCUAUGCUGGGAAGGACUCGAUACCAGCAUGUCACUGGGACAAGAUGUUCUACGGACUUUGCUGAAGUUCCCUCUAUCUUGAUGGAGUACUUCGCAAAUGAUUAUCGAGUGGUGAACCAAUUUGCAAGACACUAUAAAACGGGUCAGCCACUGCCCAAAAACAUGGUAUCAAGACUCUGUGAAUCUAAGAAAGUUUGCGCUGCUGCUGAUACACAGCUUCAGGUCUUUUAUGCUGUGUUGGACCAAAUAUACCAUGGGAAACAUCCUCUAGAGAAGUCAACCACAGAAAUUUUAAAGGAAACACAAGAAAAAUUUUACGGAUUGCCAUAUGUUCCUAAUACUGCUUGGCAACUCAGAUUCAGCCAUCUUGUGGGUUAUGCUGCCAAGUAUUAUUCCUAUCUCAUGUCCAGGGCUGUGGCAUCCAUGGUAUGGAAACAGUGUUUUGUACAGGACCCAUUCAACAGGGCAAUGGGUGAACGUUACCGUAGAGAAAUGCUAGUACAUGGAGGAGGAAAAGAACCCAUGCUCAUGGUUCAAGGUAUGCUUCAGAAGCGCCCAUCAAUGGAAGACUUUGUGGAUGCCCUUGUUUCAGACUUGGAUCAGGACUUUGAAACAUUCUUUAUGGAUUCUGAAUAAUAGAGAAGACAAUUAAUGGUUUUGGUGAAGGAUUUAAAAAAAUAUAUUAACAGUGUACAUAGAAUUGUGGAUUACUGCAUUCUGAGGAGCGCUUGUGAAAAUUCUUGUGUAAAAUAAAUGAUUUACCUAAAGAACAAAAUAUUUUUUCAUUACAGAAAUAUCAUGGCUUAGACUGUGAAACAGGUAUACUUUGCAUUCAUGUUCACAGAUUUGAAAACAUGAGAACCCACCCCUGCAAUGUGUUCAUUGAAUGUAGGAGGAGUGAGCAGGAUUGUACAUGCUAGCUAUAGCCCUUGGGCUGCAUGUUAAGCAUUAGUGUGAAAGGGGGCCAAUGUGCAUACAGCUGAUAGGUCAAGGUUCCCAGUAGCACAGAGACGCCUUACAUCGGUACAAACAAUGUGUGCUGUGAUGUGCGGCCGCCAUGGGGCAUGGACAGUGGGUGAAUCUGAGGACAUGGCCACUGGACAAAAUCCCACUCCCCCCUGAAUGCAUUGGGAGGGUCCAAAUCUGUGAUUUGAUUGUGCCAGCAGCCUCAUUUCUAUUUACCCAUGAUUUAAAAAGAAUAGAAAGCAAAUAAUAUUUAUAAAAGGAAAGUCAAGAAUUGCCAAAUGGCCUGACUUUUGACCACAUUGAUAUGAAGAAAUCAGGAAAUGAAGGUUUUCACAGCAUAAGUUUCGCAUUAUUUAUUAUUAUGUCUAUGUGUCAAACUGCUGUUAAAGCCUUGAGAGCAGGAGCCAGUAGACAAACCUACAAGACAUUCAAGGCACCCCAGUCUUCACUCCUGAACAACUUGGAAUUUAAAAAUUAUACACACCGUUCAGCUGCACAAUAAUUUAGGAUCCAUUUUACAAUUAUUACUGUGCAAUCUUUGUCUUGUUUUGUGUUUUAAUUUUAAAAUUGUUAUGAGAUAUUUAAUGUGUAUGCUUUAACCUCUAUGUCGAUACUAACUCCUGCAAAUAAGAUGUAAUUCAUCACAAUGUUUUGCUUUGGUUCUAACCACAAUAGUGUGGAAAACUCAUCAGAUUUUAUCAUCCUGUAGGUGUAACAUCUUUAUGAACAAUAAAAUUCACUCUAAACUAAUUGCUCUAGAUUAAGAUGCCAAUAAAUAAUUAUUACAAUAUGGAUAAAGAAAAGGAGUUAUUCCACUUACUGGAAUAUUGCUUGAGGCUUUUCACUGCUCUUGAAAAAAAUUACUUUCAAUCAUUCCGUACUGAAGGAAAGAGAGUUUCUCAAGGCUAACAGCUCUUUUAAAAGCC